AUGCAAAAACUGCAACUCUGUGUUUAUAUUUACCUGUUUAUGCUGAUUGUUGCUGGUCCAGUGGAUCUAAAUGAGAACAGUGAGCAAAAAGAAAAUGUGGAAAAAGAGGGGCUGUGUAAUGCAUGUACUUGGAGACAAAAUACUAAAUCUUCAAGAAUAGAAGCCAUUAAAAUACAAAUCCUCAGUAAACUUCGUCUGGAAACAGCUCCUAACAUCAGCAAAGAUGCUAUAAGACAACUUUUACCCAAAGCUCCUCCACUCCGGGAACUGAUUGAUCAGUAUGAUGUCCAGAGGGAUGACAGCAGCGAUGGCUCUUUGGAAGAUGACGAUUAUCACGCUACAACGGAAACAAUCAUUACCAUGCCUACAGAGUCUGAUUUUUUAAUGCAAGUGGAUGGAAAACCCAAAUGUUGCUUCUUUAAAUUUAGCUCUAAAAUACAAUACAAUAAAGUGGUAAAGGCCCAACUAUGGAUAUAUUUGAGACCCGUCGAGACUCCUACAACAGUGUUUGUGCAAAUCCUGAGACUCAUCAAACCUAUGAAAGACGGUACAAGGUAUACUGGAAUCCGAUCUCUGAAACUUGACAUGAACCCAGGCACUGGUAUUUGGCAGAGCAUUGAUGUGAAGACAGUGUUGCAAAAUUGGCUCAAACAACCUGAAUCCAACUUAGGCAUUGAAAUAAAAGCUUUAGAUGAGAAUGGUCAUGAUCUUGCUGUAACCUUCCCAGGACCAGGAGAAGAUGGGCUGAAUCCCUUUUUAGAGGUCAAGGUAACAGACACACCAAAAAGAUCCAGAAGGGAUUUUGGUCUUGACUGUGAUGAGCACUCAACAGAAUCGCGAUGCUGUCGUUACCCUCUAACUGUGGAUUUUGAAGCUUUUGGAUGGGAUUGGAUUAUCGCUCCUAAAAGAUAUAAGGCCAAUUACUGCUCUGGAGAGUGUGAAUUUGUAUUUUUACAAAAAUAUCCUCAUACUCAUCUGGUACACCAAGCAAACCCCAGAGGUUCAGCAGGCCCUUGCUGUACUCCCACAAAGAUGUCUCCAAUUAAUAUGCUAUAUUUUAAUGGCAAAGAACAAAUAAUAUAUGGGAAAAUUCCAGCCAUGGUAGUAGACCGCUGCGGGUGCUCAUGA